AUGAGCUACGCGACGCGCCUGGUCCGGCGGGAUCCCGAGCAUGUUGAUCAUCCCAUAGGAUUGGGAUGGCUGCUUGCCAUUGCUCUUUGCGGUGGCAUUCUGCUUUUCACAACGGUUGGCUUGCUUCUCGUCUGGUGGGUGAAGAAGAGUCGUGGUCCUGGACCGCAGAUGGUUUAUUCAUUCGCGGCUCAAAACUAUGGGUUACCACCGUCGUCAUCGCGAUUGACCAAGCGACGGCUUCUGGGGUCUGAAUCAUUCUGCAAGCUAUCCAGUCGAAUUUCCAGCCGCUUUUCAUUCGUUGGGCCACAUGAUGAACCGCCUCCAUUACCAACACAUGAGAGUCUUCCGCUGCCUGAGAGGCGAAGGACCGUUUCGAGGGGCAGGAAGAGAUCGAGGAGUUGGGUGGACGAGGACGAUAUGCACGGACCCAGGAUGGCGAGAAACAAGAGGAACGCGCGAGACUCCUGGUUUGGGGGAGAUGGCCGAUUUACCAUGGCACCAACACUUCCCAACGUUGAUGUGGUUCCGGAGGAAGUGGAAAUGCAAGCUGAAGUGCCUCUGCAUCAUCCUCAGCCGAGAUGGCUGCCACGCAGCCAGACGGAGCCGAGAAUGGCUCCAAUGUCAAACACAUCAAUGCAUCAUAAUGGCGUACCAACAGGAGCUGGACCACCGAGAAUAUCUGUUCCUCAGCCAGCUCACGUACGGCCUUCAGUAACGGACUCGGAUCUCAAGGGUAUCUUGCGAUCAACUGAGCGGAGACUCUCUGAGAAGAAAUCACAGUCUCCUAUUAAGGGAUCCAGAUCAUCUGGUGUAAAUGGAUCACCCACAAAGACGAUUCACAGCCAUAACAGCCAACGCACCACAGCAUCUGGGAGAUCGAGCGGUAGCCUUCGCGUGUCGGGAAGUCCGCCUAAGAGAGGCCCAUCUCAGAAAAUAAGCGGCAAUAACUCUACGAGCAGUGUUGGCAGUGCUGCGAAUAGUCUGAUUGCGGCAGCGACCCAAGAACUCAAACUUCCAGGGGGUUGUUCAAGCCCCAGCAAGGUCAGAGGCGCUCGACGAGAGCAGCAGCAGCAGCAGCAGGACCGGCGGAUAGAGCCGACUGGAAGCUCUGACAGAACUCGAAACACAACUGAUCAGUCACAAAGUCUGCAAAGGCACAGCCCUCCACGAAACAGCCAACAGAGACAGAACACUCAUAUAGCGAUGAUGAUGGUUCCUCAGAUGCAGACCGCCCAAAUGCAAUUCCCCCAUCUGCAAUAUCCGCAAUUGCCUCCCCCGCAAGUACAGCAUCACUCGAUGCCACCACCACAGCAACGCCCCUCACAGAGAAGCCCCGAGCGUCGAAUGUCCUUUGACAGCGACAAAUCGAGUUCGCUUUCCACCCUUUAUAGCACAAACGAGCCGGAAGAAGAGAGACCCAGGCAAAGACAGGUGGAUGACCCCUUUGUGGAAAAGGGGGGACCAAGGAGGUGGCCAAGCUGGCAGGCACGGCAGCGCCCUGCAAAUGUCGAGUUACAGAGGCGGGUAAAGACGCUCAGCUCACCUUUAUUGACAAGAUUCAUGGCGGGCGAGCCUUCCUGCCCGCCGCCAUUGAGGCCUCUCUCAGCGAUGUCACCGCCCGAUAUAGGAUACGGGGGCUUGAUGUCUCCCCUGCUGCUCGAACCGCAAUCGGCAGAAUAUGAGACAAAUGCCGGUGCCAACGGAUCUGAUUUUUCACAGAUUCCGUAUCUUCCUCAGGCUCCAUCGGAAAUCAGCUUCGUCUCGAUGUCAGUUGAUUCUGAUGUGACCGAGGUUCCUGCAAAUGAGACAGCCAGAGUCGACUGGAUUGACAGCAGUGACUCGGCAUCAUCCAGUCCCACGACACCAACGGGAAGAUCAAAGUUCUCUGAAAUGUCGUCGUCCUCAUCACCCUAUGACGAGCGAGAGAUUAUGUCCCUCUUGAUGGCCACGGCACCGUCUCAGCGAUCCCUGCCGCUGCCUCCGCCUAGCAUCACAGGCCCAGAUGGCAGCAUCGUCACGAUCCUCUCGCCAGCGCCACGAGGCGGCUUGAUGCGACAAGCUUCCACUGCGAGCUCUACUUACACUUUGGAGUCUUUCAUUGCCGAUCACCAGGCGGGUGCGUUAACGUCCUCGCCUUCUCAUCGAUCCAUCCACGGCCCUCGACUGAGCAGCACCAUCGCUGAGCUUCGUCGCAUGAACAGCGUAUUGAGUACAUACAGCGUGGCGUCUUUGGCUUCAGCAAUUGGUGAAGAGGGAGAUUCACCUACUCUACCAGCCUCGCUCAGCAGCAGCGGCAGCGGUGCGUUGGCGAAAUCGCGGUCCAUCCGCUUCAGCACCGCAAACAUUGGCAGCAAACACUAUCUCAACGUCGGAAACACAAAGUCCAUGGUCACCUCCCGAUACAGCACACGAGGAGCACGGCACCGCCGCUCAGAAACUUGCCAUUACGGCAAAGAUUUCCAAGGGCUGGGGCUGCGGUUGUCCUGCAUCUUGGACGAAGCGCUUGAUAGCGAGCCGCAGAUGCAGAUGCAGCGGCAGACGCAGAGCCUCAACCUCAGUUAUAAUAAGCCUAGUGUCGAAAUCAUUGAAGGCAUCUCGCCGAAGAUGCUGAAACAGAAAAUCAGCCCUGUCGAGGAGCUUAUUGAGGCGGACCCGCAACUGGAUCUGCGUCGAACGAGUAUAGAGAGCUUGGGGCUCUAUGACAAGGACGGGUUUUUGCUCAGCUCGCCGGAAAGAGACGCAAAGAAGAAACGCCUAAGAGCGUAA